AUGCCCUCAGUGAGUAAGGUGCUGUACUAUGUGAACUUUUGGACGUUUUUGUUGCUGGGAAAACGUGUUGAUUCAUGGGAGGAGCGCAUAAAGGAACUCGAGCAAAACUUUACGGCAUCGCAUAGUCCUGACGUCACCCUGAUGCAGGAAAACAACGAGCUUCGCGCAGAUUUGGAGAAUUUACGUGCCAAGUUUGAUGACCUCGACCAAGCCUCUCGCAGUUGCAACGUGGAAUUACAAAACAUUCCUGAUAAAAAGGCUGAAAACCUGAUUCAUUUAUCUAUAGAGGUUGGCUCUCAACUACGAGCUCCAGCCGAGGUCACUUUUCAUAUGAGUUCCGACGAAGAAGAUGAUGUACCUUUGUCAAGUUUGUCAAAAAGAAGACGCACGAUGGAUUUGACUUUAGAAGAUAGUGACGCCGUACCUUCUUGUAAUUCAGAUGUGUCAACUAAUUCUACAUUUGUUCAGCCUACAGUUCCCCGAAACCAAACCUAUAGAUGGAAGAAUCGUCAUAUUCCAAACCAUUUCAAUCAAUGGAAUGACGAACAAAGUCCAAAAAACUUACAAUCACCCUUAUAUUAUUUCGACUGCUUGUUCAACAACAAUGUUAUUGAAUUACUAGUGCGAUAUACUAAUUUGUAUGCAGGACAGAGGAAUAAAGUGGGCAAAGUAACUGUUUCUGAAAUGAAGUGUUUCUUGGGCAACCUUAUGUACAGCGGGUAUGUAGUAGUACCCCGUAGGUUUAUGUAUUGGGAGACAUCGACAGAUGCCGACUUUAGGAUUGUGCACAACGCUAUGUCAAGAGAUCGUUUUACUUUUAUUAUGUCAAAUCUCCACUGCUGUGAUAAUACAGUUCUUGGUGAUUCUCCUGACAAAUUCGCUAAGUUGAGACCUCUGUUUGAUGAGUUAAAUAAAAUCUUUACUGAAAUUGCUCCGCUAGAAAAGAACUACAGCAUAGAUGAGGCUAUGGUUCCAUACUAUGGACGUCACAGUUGCAAACAGUUUAUACGUGGCAAACCAAUUCGUUGGGGGUAUAAACUGUGGGUUGAUGCUACAAGAUUAGGCUACGUGAUUUGGUUUGAUCCUUACCGGGGAAAAUCUUCAACCAUUGUAGAAGGUUACAAACAGUUUGGUCUAGGUGGGAGUGUGAUUUUGGAGUUUACUGAUGUUCUACAAGGUCGUGAUCCAACAUUGCCAUUUCAUUUAUUCUUCGACAAUUAUUUUUCCUCUAUUCCUCUACUGCAUGAAAUUAGUAAUAGAGGUCUGAGAGCCACUGGAACUAUUCGUGAAAAUAGAACGACCAAGUGUCCUCUCGAGUCUAACAAAGAUUUCAAAAAUACUGAUAGAGGUUCAUUUGUAUUCAAAUCCAGUUUGCCUACCAAUAUUUUGGUUUGCAAGUGGAAUGACAAUAGUGUCGUUACUGUUGCCUCGAAUACUGAAACUGUGGAGCCCCUGCAAAAAGUCACGAGAUUUUCGCAAGAACUAAAAAAAAUUUGUACAUAUUGA